AUGUCAGUCACAACCCCACCAAGCUCACAACUAUCAUAUUUGGACGGAUUAAAAACUCUCUUUUUACAAAAACUUUGUGUGCAUCGAGAAGAAUAUGGCAAAUCAGGUGAUAUGAUUGAGAAUUUUAAGGUAUCAGCUGUAUACACCUAUAACCUGAAAAAUUGGUUUGACGAAAAUUGGAAAAUUUGGGAAGAUACGAAGCCAGUAUUAAAACGAAAACCAAGCUUCAGCGACGAUUUCGAAUCUUGGGGGGAUGAUGAUGAGGAAGAUGAGACAGAAUCAGAAAAGAAAGGAAACAUACAACUACUAUAUGAAACAGAAAUGCAUCAAUUGCAGUUUGGAUCUUUAAACGAUCCGCUCAGAACUCUGACAUUAAGUGCAUUAUUUCCUUUGUCUCAAGAUACUCUGUUUGAUGAUGCAUAUCAAACAAAUAUGGAUGCUUUAACAGCAAAGCAAUGGCAAAUCUCACGUGAACUUGCACCCAAAUCACAACAACGGGCUUAUUUAUCCACCUUAUUAGAACAAGCGAUUGAUUCGUGGGUAAAGGACCCUUCAAAUAAAGAGUAUCUUGCACCUUAUGAUGACAGUAAUGAUGAAUCAAUCAGCGAUAGUAUAAGUUUGAUGCGAAACUUAUUUGCACCAGGAGGCAGUCAUUCAAUGGGAAGCGGAGACCAGCAGGUUAAUUUCUUUAAAUCAGAUCAAGUUGAUAACGUAAUCAAUGCACUGUUUGAUUCUAUGCAAUCACCCAUUGAAGAAGAUAAAAACGACAAAAAGGGAUUUUUGUCGACAAAGCAACUAUGUCUACGGUUGAAAACUGGAUCUUCUGUACCGUACCGCUCAUUUUUAUGGAACAUGAUGCUAUACACCCUUGAGGAGGCUUCGUUAACCUCAGAUAAUGGGAAGAAACAAAAUGCUUCCAACUUUUUAGGCUUUUUGAAGAUUAUCUGGCUGGAGGUCUUGAGAAAGAUUCGUUGGCAUUGGGAAAACUUGGUGCCCAUACCUGACUUAAAUCCAUAUCUCUAUGACUCUACUUUAAAUCUGGAUCAAAGUAACAUGCUUGGCAUUGAUCUACGCUACAAUAUUCUACAUCAAAAAAUUUCAAUGGUGAAUUGCUGUAUUAUCCGUAAGCUGCAAAAUUUGCCACAAAAUGGGAACACCAAAAUCUAUGAUACAAAGCCAGCCAGACAUGCUGGUAAUUUACUUGAUAGCAUUUCGAAUGCUGAAUCAGAUGACAGUGAUGUGUUUUUAGAUGCAGUGGAGGAAGAAUCUAUCAGUAGCGCCAGCAAACAGGACUCAGCAUCGUCCUCAUUGAUAAUACCUAAUAAUACCAUGACAGAAUCAUUCGUUAGUUUGCCUUACAUACCCGUAUCGAAUAGCGCCGAUGAAUUAGAAGCAGAAGCAGCUACCAUUAAGGAACCAGAGCUAUCGGAAGGACAAUCACAUACACACAACACCUUAAGAUUGCUAAAAACUGGUGAAGCUAUGCAAGUUCCAAUAACACAAGAUCCGGGAUUCAUGACGGAAGAUAUGAUCCAUGAACAGGCUAAUGUAUUUGAGAGUUUGGGUACAUCAGAAAAUGCCACGCAACAACGAGCUAAACUACAGUCAGCACAACUCUAUUCAGAUAUGCAAGCAUUUAAAGCAGCCAACCCUUUUGCUUGUUUAGAAGACUUUGUGCGGUGGCACUCACCUCGAGAUUGGAUUGUGGAUGAUAGUGAAGAAGGAGGGCAUCUUAGUGCAAGAAUGUCUGAGUCAAGUAAUAUCUGGCAAGAGUUGUGGAAAUGCUCCCGUAGAAUACCAUGCUCACGCCAAAAGCCACUAUUUAACAUGUCUGUUGAAGCAGAAAAAGGACUUUACUUUUUGGAGACCACGUCGGUUUAUGAAUUUUUCUCAAUGUAA